UUAUAAACUUUAUAAAACGUUUUAUACAAGUUUCAAAUGAUUCUAAUGGUGUAUGAAGUAUAUAAUUCUUUUUUUUCUAUUUGGCGGAGUAUAUAAUUACGGACGGAAUUAUGGCCAGCGCUUAUCAGAGAUUAAUGUUGAAGAUCGCCUCGGCGCUGCCCGAAAGAUUCCGUGCCGCGUUUUUGCAUCCCGCAGGGCCGACCACAGUAUUUUUUUGGGCCCCGACGUUUAAAUGGGGCUUGGUACUAGCGGGCAUAGGAGACUUGAAGCGACCCGCGGAUACGAUUUCUCUCAGCCAAACCGCGAGUCUCAUGAUCACAGGUGCCAUAUGGUCCAGAUAUUCACUGGUGAUCACACCCAAGAAUUACAAUUUGUUCAGCGUCAACUUGUUCACCUGCGGCACGGGAACGUAUAAUUUCGUCAGAGGAGUUUUACACCAAAUGGAGCAAGGCAGAAGCGACUCACGGAGUUAGUUCGCACGAAAUAAUGAAAAACAGAAACGCAGUUGUAAAAUCUCAAGUU